UUGAAAAAGAUGCAAACUAACGAAGAAUUCGUCAAGCUUCUCGGCGAAGGUGCUUAUGGUUUUGUUAAUCUCGUCCGCUACAAUAACUCCGACGACAACUCUUCCUUCCUCUCAGCCGUAAAGAACUCUUACCAAGAAGACUACGCCAGUCUCCAACGAGAGUUACACGUUCUUCUCCAACUCAGGGGAUGUCCCAGGAUCGUUACAUGUCACGGAGACUCUCUCCAACAAAGCUUCAGCAGAUUCGGGGAGAAACUCCACAAACCGCAACUCGAAUACGCUUCCGAAGGUAGUCUCAACGCUUUCAUGAACAACUACGCCGACAGGAAGUUGCCUGAACCGUUGAUCAAGGAUUUCGCGCGGAUGGUUCUUGAAGGUUUGGUCUCGGUUCACGGUCAUGGCUAUGUUCACUGCGACAUCAAACCAGACAACAUACUGGUCUUCCCUAGACAAGAUUCAUACGAGAUUAAGAUUUGUGAUUUUGGUAACUCGUUAGAGAUAGGAGAAGUUCCUCUGUGCUGGGAGAUUAAUUUCCCGUGGCUUGGGACUGCGAUCUACAUGUCGCCCGAGUCGGUCCGUGACGGCAUCGCCAGCACGUCUCUAGACUUGUGGUCGGUGGGAUGUUUGGUCCUGGAGAUGUACACUGGAGUGAUUCCUUGGAAAGGCGUUGAGCUAGAUGAUAUCGCUGCUCGUCUCCUCUCUGGUCAAGCUCCAGAGAUACCUGAGACGCUUCCUUCUGAUGCAAAGGACUUUAUCCAAACGUGUUUCUCGAGGGAACCUGAAGGGAGAGGAAGCGCGCAUGGGUUGUUGUUUCAUCCUUUCUUGCCUCGUCCAGAAGUUGAAGAAGAGGAGGAGAAGAAAACAGAGGAGAAGACAACUAAAUCGUUUCUGUUGAACCUGUUCAAGUUGAGAAUCAGAGGAACAAGUUCAAAUAAGAAACUAACGACGGAUGCUGUUGAUGUUUCAGACAAGAAGCCUCUGAAGUUGAGGUUUUGGAAGACAAAGACCACACAGUUUAAGAGAACUCUGAACAAAGUGUUGAGGUUGAAGAAAUCGACCAACUUCAGUUUAGUGUCUGUUCAUUAA